CGUGAAGUGCCGCGGCCCCUCGGGCUGCGAGCCGGGGCUACUCCGUGAGGCGUGGCGUCUCGGCGGCCGGAGCUGAAGACAUCUGCUUUCCCUCCCACUGCCGAAAGUAAACUUUCCCGGUCCUGCCCUGGCUCACCACGUCCUCGCUGUGGCUCCCGGGUGCGCCGUGGUCGGCUGAGAGCCGUGGUGCUUCAAGGCCUGGCUCUCUCCCCCGGCGCGGAGCCUCGGCGCCAUGGACGCAACGGCGCUGGAGCGGGACGCCGUGCAGUUCGCCCGGCUGGCGGUGCAGCGCGACCACGAAGGCCGCUACUCCGAGGCGGUGUUUUACUACAAGGAAGCUGCACAAGCCUUGAUUUAUGCUGAGAUGGCAGGAUCAAGCCUAGAACAUAUCCAAGAAAAAAUAAAUGAAUAUCAGGAAAGAGUUCAAGCUUUACAUUCAGCAGUUCAGUCAAAGAGUGUUGAUCCCUUGAAAUCAAAACAUCAGUUGGACCUAGAGCGUGCCCAUUUCCUUGUUACACAAGCUUUUGAUGAAGAUGAAAAAGAAAACAUUGAAGAUGCUAUAGAAUUGUAUACGGAAGCUGUGGACCUCUGUUUGAAGACAUCGUAUGAAACUGCUGAUAAAACCCUGCAAAACAAACUGAAACAGUUGGCUCGACAGGCACUAGACAGAGCAGAAGCAUUGAGUGAACCUUUGACAAAGCCAUUUUACAAAAUAAAGUCAACAAAUACUCAAACAAAGCCACCUCCAGUGCGAACACAUUUUCCUCUAGGAUCUAAUCCUUUCCUUGAGAAACCUCAGCAAUUUAUAAGUCCACAGUCAUGUGAUGCACAAGGACAGAGAUACACAGCAGAAGAAAUAGAAGUGCUCAGGACAACAUCAAAAAUAAAUGGCAUAGAGUAUGUUCCUUUCAUGAGUGUUGAUCUGAGAGAACGUUUUGCUUAUCCAAUGCCUUUUUGUGAUAGAUUGGGCAAGCUACCAUUGUCACCAAAACAAAAAACUACAUUUUCCAAAUGGGUUCGACCAGAAGAUCUUACCAACAAUCCUACAAUGAUAUACACUGUGUCCAGUUUUAGCAUAAAGCAGACAAUAGUAUCGGAUUGUUCCUUUGUGGCAUCAUUGGCCAUCAGUGCGGCUUAUGAGAGGCGAUUCAAUAAAAAAUUGAUUACCAGCAUAAUUUACCCUCAAAAUAAGGAUGGUGAACCAGAGUACAAUCCAUGCGGAAAGUAUAUGGUAAAACUCCACCUCAAUGGUGUCCCAAGAAAGGUGAUAAUUGAUGACCAGUUACCUGUUGAUCAUAAGGGUGAACUGCUGUGUUCUUAUUCCAACAAUAAAAGUGAAUUAUGGGUGUCUCUCAUAGAAAAAGCAUACAUGAAAGUUAUGGGAGGAUAUGAUUUCCCAGGAUCCAACUCAAAUAUUGAUCUUCAUGCUUUGACUGGGUGGAUUCCAGAAAGGAUUGCUAUGCAUUCAGAUAGCCAGACUUUCAGUAAGGAUAAUUCCUUCCGAAUGCUUUAUCAAAGAUUUCACAAAGGGGACGUCCUCAUCACUGCAUCCACUGGAAUGAUGACUGAAGCUGAAGGAGAAAAGUGGGGCCUGGUUCCCACACAUGCAUAUGCUGUUUUGGAUAUAAGAGAAUUCAAGGGCUUGAGAUUUAUCCAGUUGAAAAAUCCUUGGAGCCAUUUACGUUGGAAAGGAAGAUAUAGUGAAAAUGAUAUAAAAAACUGGACUCCAGAAUUGCAAAAGUAUCUAAACUUUGAUCCUCGAACAGCUCAGAAAAUAGAUAAUGGAAUAUUUUGGAUUUCCUGGGAUGAUCUCUGUCAGUAUUAUGAUGUUAUUUAUUUGAGUUGGAAUCCUGGUCUUUUUAAAGAAUCAACAUGUAUUCACAGUACUUGGGAUGCUAAGCAAGGACCUGUGAAAGAUGCCUAUAGCCUGGCCAACAACCCCCAGUAUAAACUGGAGGUGCAGUGUCCACAAGGGGGCGCUGCUGUUUGGGUUUUGCUUAGUAGACACAUAACAGACAAGGAUGAUUUUGCAAAUAACCGAGAAUUUAUCACAAUGGUUGUAUACAAGACUGAUGGCAAAAAAGUUUAUUACCCAGCUGACCCACCUCCAUACAUUGAUGGAAUUCGAAUUAAUAGCCCUCAUUAUUUGACUAAGAUAAAGCUGACUACACCUGGGACCCAUACCUUUACCUUAGUGGUUUCUCAAUAUGAAAAACAGAACACAAUCCAUUAUACAGUCCGGGUAUAUUCAGCAUGCAGCUUUACUUUUUCAAAGAUUCCUUCGCCAUAUACCUUAUCAAAACGGAUUAAUGGAAAGUGGAGUGGUCAAAGUGCUGGAGGAUGUGGAAAUUUUCAAGAGACUCACAAAAAUAAUCCCAUCUACCAAUUCCAUAUAGAAAAAACUGGGCCACUACUGAUUGAGCUAAGAGGACCAAGGCAAUAUAGUGUUGGAUUUGAGGUUGUAAGUGUUUCCUUGGUGGGAGAUCCUGGUCCCCAUGGCUUUUCGAGGAAAUCAAGUGGUGACUAUAGGUGUGGAUUUUGCUAUCUGGAAUUAGAAAAUAUACCUGCUGGGAUCUUCAAUAUCAUUCCCAGUACCUUUUUGCCUAAACAAGAAGGACCUUUUUUCUUGGACUUAAAUAGUACUAUCCCCAUUAAAACAACACAACUUCAGUGAUGGAAAAUUCUCAGCAAUUAUUGGAUUCUAUACUUAUCAAACAUCAAUUCUUCAAAUGAGGACACAGAUCUUCAGGAUGAUAAACAAUCAGAGCAGAAUUAAAUCUGAAUGUGUUACAUUGGAAUCUGGUGCUUGUCGCAGUGUUUGGUAAGAAUUUGUAUAUAGUCAGAUUUACCCUUAAUCACCUAGAAGUACUGUUUACAUUGAUUUUGUAAAUAUAGAGUUGCCUCUUUAUAUAAAAAGUGCAUAUGAUCAAGAUUAGACUCAGACAUCCAUCACUGUGAGAUGUAGUCACUGAAAGGAAAAGGGAACUGAGACUGGGUAAGGAAAAUGAGGGCCAUGGCUCAUUGAGUAGACUGUCAGACUAUUUAAUAUCCUGAAAUAUUUACCUUUCUCUUUUUUUUUUUUUUUAAACAGAGCAUGUUGUGAACCCAAUUGUAUUGACCCCACUAAUUCCAAAUGAAUCAUGUCACUGUAAUUUUAAUUUUGCAUUAUGUUCUAAAUGUUUAUUGUUGCUCAGAUGUUAUGAAAGAUAGAUAAAGCUUUUGGUAGUACUAAUUAGCUUAGCAUGAAGACACUCAGGCUUAAGAACAAAGGUUGUUUGCCUUAGGCACCUAUGGCAUUGUAGACAGAACUGAGGUAUAUUCCCUAUUGCAAUUUUGGUUUACCACUUUGAUGAAAAUAGUAUUCUAAGGCAUUAAAAACAUUGUAAUUUAGCCUGUAUCUUUAAACUGAUUUAUAGUUCAGUGCUUUUGUAGCAACAACACUUUGAAAAAAGUGAUUGAUUGGUUAUAUAGCAUCCAGAAAAAGUGAUCACCAAGAAUAGUGUCAUGUAAAUUCCCAGCUGUUUACCUAAAUAUCAGAACAGAAUAAUGCUCAAAACUUUAAAAGUCUGAAAAAGAGGGUGGGAUUUUUCAUUGUCUCCACUUUAUAAUUAUCAAAACUUAUUUUGUAUUUCUACUGCCUUUAAUUGUAAUAAAAUGUUUAUACUUA